ACGUAUGUGCAUGAAGAGGGGAACAUAAACUAAUGUGUAUUGAUUGCUAUGUAAAAAGCAAAUAAAAUCUGUUGUAAAAUGCCAUGUUUUUGGGCUUUUGUAUUUUAAAGACUGGCUUAAAUGGUUUUCUUAGUAAUAUCUGCAGACUGUACAUGGCUCUUGUAGGUACCAGUCAAAGAACUGGCUCACAGGGAGUGAGUGGCAGGGCAGUCCUGCUAAAGAUCCCUGUCUGCCAGUCUUCAGAGCCUCCCUCUGGGGCUUGUGGAUAAUUGAGCCUGCAGUAUCCAUUUGUACUUUGGUUUUGCUGGGUGCCAGUUAGUAAAAUUUAGGACAUGGAUUAAUGCCUGCUAAGAAGGGAAACCCACAGGAAGAGGUACUGGAUGGCUUUUGGACUUGGUUGUCCAGGAUUGAUUUUGGACCUGUAUUCUAGCAGCUCUGUAACCUCUUUGGACCAUCCAGUCACUGGACUAGCUCCCUCUUAGUUGCCUUCAAAUAGAAAAAGAUAAGGUACAUUAAACAAAUAGUACUGGUGUGAUGUGUGGCAUGCGAAAAUUGAUGCUUUGUGUGAAAGCCACCUAACCUGUUCAGCUGGUUUCUGGUAAAUGAGAGAGCCAGUGAGCAUGCGCAGAACUUUGUCUGCUCUGCAUAACUGAGACCUAUUUACAUGACAUAACUGCCAUUGGCGUGCCUUUUAUCUGAGAGGUAGUGAGUUCACCUUGUAUGUAUUUAACAGGCGUAACUUAACCCAGGGACCAUACUGCUUUCACUGAGAAAAGCUGCACCCUGGACAUUCUGCAUGUGGGGAGUAUUUUUGCUGCAGAGAAAAUGGGACAGAAGGUAUCGCAGGAUAACAACCAGAACAAGGCUGACAUUCUAGUUUUAUGUGACUUAUUCAGCCAAGUGGUUGUCCAUGCAUCUCAAAAGCUGAAAGAUUAUCUUGUUGAAGAUCCUCACAGCAAACUCCACGUAGCUACAAAUACAUUCAGUGAGAUCUUUUUGAUCAACUUCAUCACCUUCUGUGUUGAAAAAGGAGUCUUCAUAACCAGCAAAAUGACCAGGCAGCAGUUCUGGCUCUUUGGGGUUGACUGGAUCUGGACUCUAGGAGCUGACAAGCAAAUCAAGCUUCAGAUUGCUGUUCAGUCUUUGCAGAUGGCAGAACUCCUUCACAAUAAAGAUGGCUCCAGUGAACCACGUGGCCUCUGUGAGGAAGCCAUGUUAGCAGACAAGCUCUUCUCAAACCUGCUUUUGUUUUUAAAGCUGGAAAAAUCCUGCUUGCUGGUGGGACAAGACUGUCUGGGCCUAUUUAUAGCAUCUGGUGUACCUGGGAAGCCAAAAGAUGUCAGAGGAGUUAUGCUAGACAGUAUCAACAGGGAGAAGCAGAACCAGCACCUCUCAGGCACAAAAGCUUUGAGGCAGUUGAGCACAGAGAGAUUCCUUGCUACAAAAGAAAUGCUAGAAAACUGCCUUGGUAAGAGAAAUGGGCUGAGGCAGGUAGACAAGGUUUACGUUAACUUUGUUUAAAUUGUAAAUAGCUAAUAGUAGAAAAGUUGGGACCCAGUUCUCAAAAAAUAUGCAGGACUACAUGCACAGCUCAGUGCAGCUGUUUAGACUGAGCGUUUGAUUUUAUAAGAACUGAGUCUCUCCUGUCUUUAAAUCUAAAAAGGUUAAUAAAGAGGGACUGAAUUUUAAGAACAUUUUGUUCUCUGGGUAAUAAUCCUUUUUUAAAAUAUUCAACUGGACAAAAAGCUCAUCACCCAAACCUUUGAGAAGAUUUGUAAAGAGUUUGUCUUUGUUUAGAAUGGGCAUAAAGACUGCAGAUGGUUUUUAACUUGAACACUUGAUCUUAUAAAGAUGUGCUCUCAUUCCAACUAAUAAUACAAGGCAACAAUAGCAGGAUUUUAUAAUUCUGGACUGUAAAUUCCAGGUACUUGAAGGGAUUGGUCCUAGCAAGGAAAAAGGCCAGACUGUAGCUAAGAUCUUUCUCAUUUAUAAUUCUUGAAGUUAUUUUUUUUUUAUACUUGUUAAAAUUUAAGAGGAAGAAAGAAGCCCCAGCUGAUACUGGAUUCCUAUUUUACAGUGUAUAGCGAAAGUGCUUGUCCCUACCCAAAACCUAGGUGAGAGUUUUUCCAUUGACUUCACUGGAGCCAAAAUUGCACCUUAGGUCUUGUGGUUGAACUUAAAUCCCUUACACUAUAUGCUUUCUCUCUGAGAGCAAGGGCUGCUUCCUGACGUUAAAAAAAAAAGCAGCAGCAAAACACGGCCCUUUACUGUAAGCUCAAUGCGUUGUCAGAACAAUUCAGAAUGUUAAAAAAUUUAUAAAGAAAAAACUUGAGUACUGUAUUUUUUUACUCAAUAAAAGGAUUCUAUGGAAUGUUACAUGUCAUAAGUAGAUACAAUUCUCCUAGGUUAGCUUAGGCCAACAUACUGUUACAUUAUGGAGAACUGUGCAGUUUUAUAGAAGACUUUAACAUGUCACAGUGUAGGAGUCAUUAGUAAAUGUAGCAAAAAAGCACCUACUUUAAUUUUUAGGCUUAACUCUUCCUAGUGGAAUAUGUGGCUGAAUUGCACCUUUAAAAAUAAGAUCCACUGAAGCCAUAUGAGUAGAGUGCAUCUGAAAUAUCCCACUCCUAGGGACACUAGAUGGCUGAAGGCCAAUCUCCCAUUUCACAACCUUGAACCUUCUGGCAUUAGGAAGAAAAUGGAGAACUUGAAGACAGACUCCUCUCAGGUGAGGUAAAAGCAGAGUAGGGAGAGAUGCACUCAGUCUUCUGUUGUCCGAAUAUCAAUACCUUAAGUGCUUUCCAGAAUAAAAACUCUGGUAAUUUUAGAGGGCAAGAAAAGGAUUAGUCAGAUAAAUGGAAUCUUUUCUUUUUUGCUUCUCACCAGGUAGAAGAUUUUGCAAAGCCACCUGAUGUUAGAAAGUAACAUACACAAGAUCUGUUGAAUAACUCAACUGUAAAAUAUUUUAUUUCUUGCACAAACAUUUUGAAAAAAGCCCAGUAGCUGAAUAUGCAGGAUAAGAAAUACAAAACAGCUUACAAUUGACCAGCUGAAGUUACUCAUCAAAAUUAAGUGUUGUUAAUAUACUUAUGACAAGGUCUUUGGGUAUGUUUUCCUGCCCACACAGAGCACUGUUUAAAUUUUCACUGGUUACUUGUUACAAAGACAGAUUUAAACUUGUAGAGGAAACUAUACAGUUCUUUGAAAGAACAAGUUUCAGACUACAAGAAGCACAUAAACAAGACAAGAAGUCCCAGACAGGCCUGGCUACUGAAAUAAAGUUAAUAGAACUAUUUGUCAUAGGUUUACCUUUUCCUCACUGAAGUCAAACCAGAAAUUAGCCUUAAGUACAGAAAGCCAAGCUUGUAUGUAGGCACAGAGGACAUGGCAAAUUAUCUCAGAUAGUGACUUGUAUCUCUGUACAA